ACUCUGGUUUUCGUCCUUUUGGUGGAAAUUGGAAAAGCUCGCGCGCUGAUCGAAGAUGUCAGGAAGAUUGAGCAAUGUAGCGUCUCGAAUCAUGGGCGGCAACGGCGUUGUUGGUCGAUCCGUCGCUUCCUCUCUUCGCCUCCGCUCCGGCAUGGGUCUCCCCGUUGGCAAACACAUUGUCCCUGAAAAACCGCUCCCCGUAAACGAUGAGCUGGUUUGGGACAACGGGACUCCAUUUCCGGAACCCUGUUUGGACCGGAUCGCAGAUACAGUUGGAAAGUAUGAAGCAUUGGCUUGGUUGUGUGGAGGGUUGGGGUUCUUUGCGUCUCUCGGGCUAUUAGCUGUCUGGAAUGACAAGGCCUCCRAGAUACCAUUCAUGCACCAUUCAGUGAUUUAAAAGGCCAAGGCGUAGCCCCUUUUAGAAGACACCAAAAGUAUAUCCAUAUGACAAUCUGCGAGUGGAGCUGGGGGGAGAGCCAUAGGUAGCUUGGUUGAUUGUUUCUCCAAGUGUUAUUACUUAUUAGAUCAGUAGUGCACCUCAUGUAUUUUUCCUUUUGUUUACUGUGUUUCUCUGUUUGAACAAUUUUAACAAAUGGAAAUAAUGCAUUUCUUGUCAUUGAAUUUGAAAUACCAUUUUUAGUAAUUGAAGGAACACAUAUUGGCUGUUGCUGCACUCACUUGCAGCAUGAUGUUGGAAUGGGUUGUUAUC